CUGUGAUUGGUCCGUGCGUCUCUCGGUGUAGAACAACGGCGCGGUGGGUCACGUGACGGAGUCUGCUGUGGCUGAGCGAAGCGUGUUAGCAGAUUUUUCUAUUUUGUACAUACAUUUUUGUAUAUACUGUAUAUGAUGACUUCAGUGGUCAGUCAGACCCGAGGGACUCGGGACAAGGCCCUACCCACAAACACACACACCCCACAGCCACAGAAACAGAUACAGCCCACAGCAGAACAGAUUCGUUUAGCUCAGAUGAUCUACGACAAAAAUGAUCCAGACUUUGAAGCCAAGGUCCAACAGCUGAUGGAGGUGGCAGGAAAGACCCAGGACGAGUGCUUGGUGGCGCUGCAUGACUGUAACGGAGAUGUAAACAGAGCCAUCCUGUUCCUGCUCGACAGCCCUUCUGACACACAGAACUCUUGGGAGACUGUGGGGGGGAAGAAGAAGAGCCCUGGUAAAGACGGAUCUGCCCCAGACACAAAGGAGAAGAAAGGAGAGAGAGAGCCAAGCCGAGGAAGAGGAGCGUCCAACCGCAGAGGAAGAGGGCUCAGCCGGGGCAGGGAAGGGCGAGUGGAGGAGAAUGGGUUUGAUGUGGCUCCAGGAGAGCGGGGCGGAGACCGUGGGCGCAGGGGGCGGGGCAGAGGAGCAGGUGGUCGUGGACGUGGUCGGGCAGCUGCUGGAAACAGGUUUUCCUCACAGGGAAUGGGGACAUUUAAUCCUGCUGAUUACACGGCCAACUCUGGAGGUCGCGGGGAAAUGUGGGAAGACGGCAACGGACCUGCAGAAGGACCCUGGGGAGGCAACAUGGAAGACUGGACUUCAGAGGACUGGUCUGAAGAUCUGUCUGAGACCAAAGUGUUCACAGCCUCCUCUGCUCCUGUGAACCACCUGACCUCUGGGCAAAAUGUGGACUUGGCUCAGCUUCUGCCUAAGACCGGAGCUGCUGCGGUCGACUCGGACCUGGGGGCCAUCGUGGAUGGGCCCUCGGCUGAAGAACUGGGCCAGAGUCUGGUCUUCACAAACUCGCACCAUAACGGACGCACUGCUACACAGAGCUACGCCCACGCCACCGCUAACAGCUACGCCCACGCCACCGCUAACAGCUACGCCCACGCGGCCUCGGGCAGCUCCAGCUACGCCGCCACGUCCUACGCGCACGCCGCGCUGUCAUCGGUGCUGGGCUCUGGGUUUGGCUCCUUGAACACGUCGAAGCCCCUGGAGCCUCUGCCUGGGCCUCGGCAGAGUCAGAGGAGCAGCCACAGUCCCGCAGUCACCAACGGACCAGGCCACAUGGCCAGCCCGGCUGCGCCUGCCCUGUCUGCACCUGCCCUGUCUGCGCCUGCCCCAGUGGCAGAAAGCAAAGCGCCGCGGCUGGAGAAUGGCCCUCUGUCUGCUCAUCACUUGGAGAUGAAGCCGCAGCCGGAGCCGUCCGCGGUGCUGAGUCAGCUGACCCAGAGGCAGACGCACACGCUCCUCACCUCUGAGUCUUUAGGCUUGACGCAGCCUCAUGCACCGCAGGUCCCCACACCUCCAGGUAACGAGGUUUCUUCUACUCGUGAUGGAGCAUCUCCUGGAGUGAAGCUCUCUGCUCUGGAGGGUCAAACCUCAGAAGCUCCUCAGAGGCAGAUGAGAGCCGCCAGACGCCGCGUCCCGCCCCCCUCAAAGAUCCCAUCAUCGGCCGUGGAGAUGCCGGGAUCCACAGACGUCUCUGGAUUGAACGUUCAGUUUGGAGCUCUGGACUUUGCCUCUGAAGCUGCAGCUACAGUGGACAUGCCUCCCCAGCCCGAGAGGACCAGGGACCAGGCACCAGUCCCAAUGUCUGCCCCCAUGCCCCCCUCUAUGCCCACGUCUAUGCCUGUGUCUAUACCCGCCCCCUCCCCGGUCCAGACACAGCAGCAGAGCAGUCUCUUCUCCAAGCCAAGUGCAGUCAGUGAGCACAUGAGCAGCCUGCCCACUCUGCCAUCGUCCGUGUCAGAGUCCACCUUCCCCUCGCCGUCGCUGGGCUUACCGAGCGCAACGGCCUCCCCCUCCAUGGCUCUCCCCAGCGGUCUCACCCAGCCCCCCUCCACCUCUAGCCCCACCGUGAGCAGGGGAGACACCACAACCGGCCCCCGAGCGCUGCCUCCUCAUCUGGGCUUCUCUCAGAGUAAAGACCUGCCCUUGCCCGCCUCUGGAGCUCUCACAAAUGGAUACAGCAACAUGAAGACACAAAGCACAGCCGACACGUCAUCGAGAACCUCCAAACCUGAGUCUCCAGUCCUGAGCAGUGACAGUGGCCCCUCCCACCACACGCCUUCCCCCUCGGUCACACCCUCUCACUCCGCCCCCAUCUCCUCCCUCAGCAGUCAUGUGACCAGCUCUCACUCAUCUGGAUCUGCACUCAGCACAAACUCUGUCACGAUGAGCAGUGAUGAGAACAGUAGCAGCCUCCACUCUUUCCCCUCAUCCUCUGGUCCAGUCGUCCCCAGCAGCGCCUCUGUUCCUCUGGCCACGAGCUCUAAUGGCCUCCACCCCUCUGGAGCUCCAGGACUCACCCCCAACGGUCCCUCCACGGCCCCCACAAACACCUCUCUGUCUGCUGCCGGCAGCCGCACCGCCCCCCUGCUCACCACCUCCUCCGGUAAAGCUCCUCCAAACCUGGCCCAGGGAGUUCCACCUCUUUUGGCCAAUCAGUACAUUAUGGGCCCUGGUGGCUUGCUCCCAGCUUACCCGCAGAUCUAUGGAUAUGAGGACCUGCAGAUGUUGCAGUCUCGUCUUCCUAUGGACUACUAUGGUGUAACAUUCCCCGGCACAACAGCCACGAUGCCUGGAAGAGACGGCCUGGCCAACAACCCAUACUCUGGGGAAGCCACAAAGUUUGGGCGUAACGACUCGUCUUCCCCCGCCCCUCCCACCAGCCUCUCCUCUGGGGGGGUCCAGUCUCAGCCGCAGCAGCCUCCACAGCCCCAGAGCCAGAGCCAAGGACAAGCUCAGAGCCAACAGGGCCAGAACCAGGCCUUUUUAAACCCCCCUCUGCCUCCAGGCUACGGAUACACUGGUCUGCCGUACUACGCCGGCGUGCCCGGUGUGCCCUCUGCGUUCCAGUACGGCCCCCCGGUAUUCGUACCUCCGGCCUCAGCCAAACAGCCUGCUCUGGGUCUGGCCACGCCCUCCAGCCAGUACCACCAGCAGCACCAGGGCGGGUACGGGCAGCACGCCUACGGCACCGCCUUUGACGACCUGUCCCAAGCCCACGCUGGGGACUACAGUAAGGGAGGGUACGGAGGCUCUGCCCAGACACAGGCCAAGUCAGCGGGCAGCGGUCCAGGCAAAGCAGCUCCAGGGCUGUCCGCCUCAGGGUCCAGUGCAGGAGUCCCCGACAUGGGAGCGUCCAUCUACAGCAAAACACAGUCUUUUGAUAAGCAGGGCUUCCACACGGGCACACCCCCUCCCUUCAGCCUGCCCUCUGCUCUGGGGGGCACUGGACCCCUGAACCCGGGCGGUGCCCCUGGUUACGCUCCGGCCCCCUUCCUCCACAUCCUCCCCCCACAUCAACAGCCACACUCCCAGCUGCUGCAUCACCACCUGGCCCAGGACGGACAGGGAGGCCCUGGACAGCGCAGUCAGUCCGGCAGCAUGCAACAGAAAUCCCAAGGCAGCAAGUCCAGCUACGCUAACUCCCCCUACUGGACCAACUGAGCAUCGCCGCUGCGUCCACCUCUCACCAACAACAGGCCGUCUGUCAGCGCAGCCCCCACCCCCGUCCUCAUAAGUCUUUUGGGUUCUCCCUUUGCCCCUUUUGAAAUUGGUUGUACAUGUAAGAUAUUUAUGUAUUUAUAUAUAUAUACUGUAUAUGUAAUAGUAGAAUAUUAAAUGUGGUUGCGACAUUUUAUUUUUGAAGGAUUUUUGUUUACUUUUUCAAAAACUGCAGGAAAGAUUGUUACAUUAUGACAGAACGGCGACGCUUGUGUGAAAUUAGCCAAACGUCCAGCAGGGAGGCGAGAGAGAGCCAGCACUGAGUAUGAGGACAGUUCUGAGGGGGUGGGGUCAAACUAACUGCGUCUCCUUUUUCUUUUUUAUACGACCCAAGUGACAAGCCCACAUUCAUUUUGUAGUUCCACGUCUCUUAUCUGGAGAGUUUUCCCCUUUAAACAGCCCUGUCGGUCUAAAUCUAAUAUUUUAAUUUAAUUUUAACUUUCAUUGCCCUCAAAUAAAAGUUCUGAGCAGUUGGAACCGUGA